CACAAACAAACAGACAGAAGCGUUUGAUUGUCAAAUUAUAUAUUCGAGCUGUGUUUGAGCAUUUUGCAGCCUUUCUAAAGCAUGGGCGAGUUUUCUACCCCCGUUAGCCAAAGAAGUGGAAGCCGAUUGUGCGACGAAGGCGGAAUAUCACCGUACAAUGCGUCGCCGUUUAUGAUCCCUCCAUCUCCCUUCAUGACAAGACUUGGUUGUGGUACAGGAGUUUCCGUUUACCGAUUUAACCGAGAGACCAACGAAAACGACUUGAGAUCUCCUUGGGCCGUGAAAAAGGUGAACAAGAAGGCACGAUCGGGAAUAAGCGAGAGACUGGCUUUGGAAGCCAGCAUUUUAAAACAACUCCAACACCCCAACAUUGUCGGCUUUCGCGCCAUUUCUGGCACUGUGGAUGGCGAACUUUGCCUUGCGAUGGAAGACUGUCAGAAAGCUCUGGAAGACAUCAUCGAAGAGAAAGCAUUUCUGGAGGAAGAUUUUACUCAUGAAGAAGUCCUGAAAGUCUCUUGGGCCAUUGCGAACGCUCUAAAUUACCUACACAACGAAAAAAAGAUCCUUCAUGGCGACAUAAAGAGUGGAAAUGUUCUUAUCCGAGGCAACUUCGACGCUGUGAAACUUUGUGAUUUUGGUGUAGCGAUCAGACUAAAAGAUGACCUGAGUGGGUUGAAAAAUCCAGGAGAUAGAUACAUCGGUACAGAGCCAUGGAAGUGCAAAGAAGCUUUAAAAGGCGAUGUUAUCACAGACAAAGCAGAUAUCUUCGCUUAUGGACUUCUGAUCUGGGAGAUGCUCGCUUUGAAUGUGCCGCACGUUGAUCUACUGGCAGACAGUGACUCAGAAGGUAACACAGGACUGACCAGUGACGAUGAGGAAGAUGAUGGUGACUGUGACACAGAGGAGUAUUUGGCAGCAUUGGGCACGCGACCACCUUUACCAGCUAAAUUUCAGACAGCAGAUUCCAUGAUGAGUCCUGUGAUUCAGCUGUUUUGCUGCUGUACCUCUGAAGACCCAAAAGAAAGGCCAAGUGCUAAAGACAUAGUUGCUGCUCUUCAGCCUGAGAUCAUAGCUAAAAAUGUCCAGAUUUAAGGGUACAAUAAGCUAGAAGAGUUUGGUACCUGAAUGUAUAGAAGCUAUUGCUAACAGUGAAUAGACUUGAUUUGCCUGAAAAUUUUUACAUAGUUUAGGGAUGGACUGAUACUGUUUUAAACAGAUUAAUACAAUACCAAAUACGACACUGAAUAUUUUCUUCAACAUCAAUUUGGAUAUCGAUACUGUGAUGUCGUUGAGUUACCUGGGAUGUCACUUGAUAUGUUUGAUGAAAUACAGGGUUGUCUCACACUAUUAGUGUUGAUUGUUGUUCGGUACUCGAAAGCUGCACCAACAACACAAACAAACAAGUCCAAGAGUUCAAUUUAUUAACUGAGAAAUGUCUAAAAACUGCUUUACACCUUUUUUCCUCACAUUUUCUGCUCAAUAUAACACAUUCAUCAAUGUCAGGUAACAAAACAUUCCUUCCAAAUUUCAACUGCACACAACAGUACUAUUCUUUUGUUGCUGACCAGAGUAAUGAGCAGCCUCUGUAGAAGACAUUUAGUACAUGCAGUAUCAAAAGGCAUUUCAUUUGAUGCCUCUUGCUGGCAUUGAGAUUUUCUGACCUGACCUUAAUAUGGGGGCUAUCAAAUAUUUGGUGUUUGUAUUGGCCCGUACUUAACAUAAUUCUUUUGUUAGCCUAAAAUUCAGCUGUAGUCGCCAGCCAGUAGAGGUGACUAAGUUUAAUCUAUAGCUAUCACAGACUUUACCUCAACUCACAGGAAUCUAGGUUGCAAGUCACAACCCUCCAGCUACUUAAAUGCUUGAUGGGUUGGUCUAAGAAUGAUUUUUGAAAAGACUGCACAACAAGCCCAAACAUCAUAAAAUUCACCUGUACAAGAGGCUAUAAAGUUAUUGGCACUAGCAGAUUUAUGACAAGUAUCGUUGAAGCAUUUUCAUGAAAUGACCUUCACUUUCCAUUUUGAGACUGAAUUAUAUUAGACAACAAGAAAAUGCCUCUACAUGUACAUGUAAAUCACAAAAUAUAUCAGGGAUUUUGUAAAAACAAUCCUAUGGUAGCAGUAUGUAGCGCUAAGUUUUCAUGCCAUGCAAUUGUGCGUUACAUGAUAUCGGAUGAAUUAUUGUUAGAAGCAAUUAUAUUUAUUUUAGAUAAUAUUACAUUGUCAGCAUUAUAAUGCACUGAAUAGACAUUUUGUACUAGAGUUGAAAACAUAGUAAAUAAUUAAAUACUAUUCAUGUAUUUAAAUUAAGAAAACCUGUAGUACCACGAAUUACAUGUAAGUUGCACGUUUUACACAAUAAAAUGCAAGUAGAAUCGGAAA